UAGCAUCUCAGAGCCAGAGAAAGCAGCCACCUAUUUCUCAUAUAUCUUGCCUGUCUGCUACAAACCCUGUUGUUGAAGCUCUUAGAAAACCACCUGAGUGAAUAUGAAAGCCUUGGAGAAGAAGAAACAAUGUCCAAAGAUCAUUGAUGUGGAGAGUGGAGCAUCUCAGACAAGCAAUUUGGUACACGUAAGGAGCCACCUAAGGAGGAUAAUAAAGAAACUGGUUCUCCUCAAAAUGCUCAAGAGUCCAAACCGCAGAAUCGAGUGGCUUUGUGAAUUAGCGCACAAGUACAGGAAGAUGUUAGCGAUUGGGAGUGCUCUGGAUUCAGGUGCUUCCUGCUCUGGGGUGUGCACCCCCUCUGAGGAACCUCCAGCACCUAAUGUCAGCGUGAUGGAUGAGCCUGCCAUGGAAGUUGAGGAAGUUGCUAUAAUAGACAAGGUAGAUGAGCCUAAAUCGUCAACUGAGUCAACAUCCCCAGAGGCGGCUUCUUCAGAAUUGUAUGAGGCGCUCUCCUUGAAAGGCCUGCCCCACCGGAUUCACAUGCCUGCGCGCAGAGUGCUCUGUAGACCAUCGAAUUUGAGAUGGGUCAAGCCGUGCUGCACACGAUCAUGUAGUGAGACUCUGGAGCAUGUCGUCACCAUCCCUUAUUCAGAAUGUCAGAAGCGGCAUCCAGUAAGCAAUCCAAACUGCAAUUGUUUUCGCCAGGGAGGUGGGCAGAGAUGA